CAGGACAAGAUCUAUUCGAUGGUCCUUAGAACUGUUAAACAAUUUAUUGCCCAGGAAAUUCUGUCUUCUUGCUGUAGAUGCCAUUCCUUCCUCCCAGCCCCUCCACUAAAUUAAUGGAUGAUGAUAUAAUGAGAACAGUAUCCCAUUCCAGCAUUGAAAUAAGGUCCAAUUACCAAUCCAGUCAGUUUCUUUAUAUGUAAGCAAGUUUUGUGUCAAGAUGAAACAUUCAUCCAGGGAUUUCUGUAGGUCAUCAGGACAGCAUAUAAAUACCAGCUACUGAGAAAACCCUCCUGGAUCCAGCUGAUUUCUUGGUUCUUCUUCUGCUAAUCUUGAUACAAAGCAAAGGUUUCCCUACCAAAAUGAAACUGUUGAUUCUUCUUGCCUGUCUUCUGAAUGUAGUGCUCACUGUCCCAGUCCGUGAAAGACACCCAACACGAGUCACAAAGAAAGCAGAAGCAGAUCAUCAUAGCGUCAGAAGUGGGAGACGUGUUGAGCGGUCAGCAAGUGGAUCCAGUGAACAGCGCAUUCCUCGCUUCCUAAUUCCUCUACCUCCUCCUCCUCCUCCUCCACCACCACCAAUACCUCUGAUACCACCACCGCCAAUCUUACCUCCAUUACCACUACCAGAGGCACCUGCACCACCGAACCUACCUCCUUUACCAAUACCGCUGAUACCUAUUCCAAUACCCAUUGAUCCAGCUCAGGCAAAUGGCGCAGCGAUGCCGAUACCUCCAUUCCUAGUUCCAGGACCUGCUCCGUUUUUCCCUGGAUUUCCCGGAGUGCCGGGCUUUCCACCUAUCAUAGGGAAAUAGCAUCCCAGCAGAUAAAGCCUUUCUCGGUGACAGCAAAAAUGUGAGAGAGAUCAUCCAAGAAGACUUACCUACUUUUAAUUUCCUGCUACAGUUGCCAAACCACAGCUUUAAUGCAUUUUAAAUGUUGUAUUUACUCUAAAUGAUUUUAAGAAACUGUGUUCAUUUCCUUGACAAGUAUACAUUUCUCUUCUCUUGAGAAGAUAUGUUCUGAAUGAUAUGCAAAAACAUUCUAAUAAGGCAAUGAUAACGUUGGUAAAAUACUGAACAGUGACUCUUUCAUUUUAAACUUCUGGAGUUUUUAAAAGAAGCCAUAAAAGCUUUGAUUUACCAAUCUACCUGACUUCAUUUUAUUGAAAUGUCUCAGCAGCUUCUAAGCUAAUAUAUUUUGUUGAGUUUAUUGCACAA